UUUUACUUGGACCACUGCCGAAACUGCGGCCAAGAUCGGCUCUGAACUGGGGCCGCCUGCACCCGCGCUUCCAGCCUGCAGCUCCAGCACUGCUCUGCCACCCCCGAGGCUACUACUGCUCUCGCCGACCCUCCGUUUGAGGGUCAAACAGGCAAAUUGGUUGCUUCGUGAUCUUUCAAAAUGAGUGGUGAAGAGGAAACGUGGGAAAAACUAGACGCAGAAUUUGAUCACUGUGUUGUAGACAUGAAGCCACAUGUUCUAAGACUGCAGCAUAGGUCAGAACGUCAAAGAUGUGCAUUGUGGAUCAAAAAACUAUGCGAACCCUCAGGAGCAGGUGCAGGAAUUGUGGGUAGGAAGAAUCGGAACUUACAUGCAAAACUUCUGCUGCACAUGCUGAAACGAGGUGUACUAGAAGGUCCUUUUACUCAUAAACCAGAACCAGGGAUACUGAAAACUUUACCUUCAUAUAUGUCAAUUUAUUUUGAUGAACCAAAUUCAACAAGAGCGCGGAGUAGUAGCCCAGACUGUUUACCUGACUGGGUAAUGGGAGAACUAGGAAAAAGUGAGUCUAAGCAUGAGGAAUCAUGGAAGAUAUCUUCUAAAGAGGAAUCAUCUUUAGCAGCACCACUAACAUAUGGGGAAAGAUUCAAGUACAAUGGGACGCUAACAUUAAGGUCACAUUCUAUGAGUCCUCCUCACCAGAAAGAUGAAGAUAACCCAUCCACACCACUGUCUGAAUAUCAUCAUAAAAAAACCACUUCUUUGGAUGACAGUGACCUCGAAGCUCGUCUCAAUAGUUGGAAUCUUGGGCUAGAAAAUCCAAGAUAUUUGAGGGAGAAACCUAUGCCAGUGUCUUUGACAAAGCCUAAAAUGAGUUUAGGAAAAAAUAGCACUCUUCGUGAUGAACAGACACUAUUUCAAAUGCAUGAAAAGGAGCUGGAUAUGAAAAUAAAAAUAGUAGAAGCUAAAUUUCAUGAGGAAAAGCUUAAAUUACAGCAGAAGCAUGAUACUGAUGUUCAAAAGAUUUUGGAUAGAAAGAAUAAUGAAAUAGAGGUAUUGAAGACCCUCUACAAAACGAAGCAAAAUGAAGCUGAGGAAUCUAUUAGAAAACUGGAGAAAAAAGUUCAGACCCUCGUUCGCGAGUCACAAGUUGUCAGAGAAGCAAAGGAAAAGCAGAUUGUGGAGUUAAAGAAGAUGUGUGAGCAAAGCGCUGAUUCUUUGAACAACGAGUGGGAGAAAAGGCUUCACAAUGCUGUGGCUGAAAUGGAAAAGGAAAAGUUCAAUAUUCAGAAGCAGCACACAGAAAAUAUUCAAGAACUCCUUGAGGACACCAACGUUCGUCUUGGCAAAAUGGAGAAAGAAUAUUUGGAACAAAUAAAGUCAACUAACCAGAUGGUCAAAGAACUGGAGGCUCGCGUCCAGCAGUUGACGGUUGAGGCUGAAAAUAGUAAUUUACAGCGUCAAAAAUUAUCUCAAGAAAAGACUGAUGCAGAACAAUGUUAUCAGGCAGUAUGCUCUGAGCUUCAGGAAGUGAAAGCAAGGCACAGCUCACUUCAGAAAGACAGGGACCGUAUUGCACAAGAAUAUGAGGAGAACAUUCAGCAACUACAAAGUAAAUAUGAUGCUGAUAUAAAUUUUAUAAAACAGGAACAUGCUCUGUCUGCAGCUAAGGCAUCUAAUGUGAUUGAAGAAUUGGAACAUAAUGUGUCUCUACUAAAACAACAGUUACAAGAAUCAGAACAUCAAAGGCAGCAACAGUUGCAGGAUCAAGACUACAAAUUUCAACAGGAUAAACUUCACUUGGAGCGUGUAUAUGAGAAACAGAUUCAUGGCAUCCGGAAUGAUCUUGAUAAAGAAAGAGGGGAUGCUCAAAAGAAAAUUCGCAAACUGGAAGAAACUUUGAAGGAGAAGGAGGAGCAGCUGACUCGGGUGACAGAGGUACAGAGGCUGCAGGCCCAGCAGGCAGAUGCUGCCCUGGAGGAGUUUAAGCGGCAGGUGGAGCUGAACUCAGAAAAAGUCUAUGCUGAAAUGAAACAGCAGAUGGAAAAGGUAGAAGCAGAUCUAAGCAGAUCAAAAUCUCUCCGGGAAAAGCAAUCUAAAGAAUUCUCAUGGCAAUUGGAAGAGCUCAAGCAAAGAUACGAGCAACAGAUGGUGGAGCUGAAGCUGGAGCAUGAACAGGAGAAGACGCACCUAUUCCAGCAGCACAACACAGAGAAGGAUUGCCUGGUCCGAGAUCACGAACGGGAAAUUGAAAAACUGGAAAAGCAGCUCCGUGCUGCCAUGACAGAGCACGAGAAUAAAACUCAAGAAUGCCGGAAACGCGAUGCACAGGUUAUCUGUGAUAUGGAGACCCAAAUUCACAAGCUGAGGGAAGAGCUUGUGCAGGUAAAUGCUCAGCGGAAGCAGCAGCUGGUAGAGCUGAGCCUUCUGCGGGAAGAAGAAAAGCAGAGGGCAGCUCGAGAGCAUGAGACAGCAGUGAAUAAGCUUAAAGCAGAGGCAGAAAAAAUGACAUUAGACCUGAAGAAGAUACAUGCUGCAGAAACAGAGAAGGCCUUGGAAAAGGCAAGCGGCCGGCUGAAGCAGAUUGAGAAGGAGUACAGUCAGAAGCUGGCCAAAUCCUCGCAGAUCACAGCUGACCUUAAGACAACCAUUUCCUCUCUGACAGAGGAGAACAGCCGGCAGCAGCUUGCUGCAGAGCAGCGGCUCCAGGAAGUUGUACAAAAGUUUGAAGAUAAGAAGCAGCAGCUGAUUAGAGAUAAUGACAGAGCCAUCAAGGCCUUACGAGAUGAGAUGGAAAGUUAUCGCAUUCAGAUGCGAUCUGCAGAAAAGAAGCUGCAACACAGAGAGCUGGAGACCCAGGAGCAGAUGACACAUAUACGACAAGAAUACGAAACCAAACUCAAAGGUUUGAUGCCAGCAUCUAUGAGACAGGAACUUGAAGACACUAUUGUAUCUUUAAAAUCUCAGGUAAAUAUUCUGCAGAAGAGAGCGUCGGUCCUACAGGAAGAACUGGAUGCCUACCGCACCAGAAGGUAGCUGCUGGAGCUGCUGGAUUUCUUCAAUUGUCAGAUGGACUGCUUUGAAUAGGGCCUUCCUCUCAUUUUGAUCAAGACUGUUCCCAGCACUUCUGCCGAAAUCCGUGCGAGCCUUUGAUCUUGUUAUCAACGUGACCACCAGCGAGACUGCCGCAGCUUGCUGAGCCCACGACCGUGCAUGCAACAUCUCCGACUGACGAGGCUUUUGGCAGCAGCGCGUGUCGCCGAGGAGCGUCCCUGCCUGGAUAAUGAUUGCGACGCCGAGAUGCUCGGCCCAGCGGCGUAUGCGUUUGGCAGAGGUGGGAAGAGCAAACAGCCCGGGUCGUGCUCCGCUCUGCUUGCGCAGCGGGGAGCAGGGAGGAGAGAGUCUGCAGCCACCUCGUGAUGGAGAGGAGGGAGCUCGAGGUGCUCCUUUAUCUUGCCUCCUUAUUUUCCAACUACAUCUUCAUGAUCUUACCUUAGUUUUAAUAGAAGAAGCACUACUGAGUUGCAUUAGUAAAAUUAGCAUUAAUGGACUCUAUGCUCGGGCUGGCUGGGGCCCGGGCAGCAUUUCUUGACUGUGCCACUGCUUUGGUUUCCAUCCAUGAGGAGGCCCCUCCCGUUCCUCAGUGUCUCCCUAUGCACGUUGAAGGAUACAGACUUUGAUGUCCUUUUAAAGGACUUGCAGUUCAUGAAAAGCAUAAUGUCAAUUUAGGCGUUAUUAUUAUUGUCACUAUUAUUUCCUGAGGCUGAAGGUUUGAUUAGGCAGCAGUUGCUCCUCAUAUCACUCCUAUUUCUACAAAACAGCAUACCUGGAAGGAAUGGGCUGUAAAAGGCCACCGCUCAGGAGGCCGGGUUGUCUGCUUUCCUCCACAGAAACCGGGCUGGAUCUGCAGCGCAGGAUGUCAGUGGAGCUGCAAGCAGUUCGCACUCAACUUUUGAGAAAAUUAGCCUACUUCAGCAACCAGCAAGCAUCUCAGCAAGUUGCUGAAGACACAUUGCCUGACCUCUCCUGCCAGGCCCGCACUGUAUUAGGAGGUGACAGAGCUGGCCAAGUAGUCCUGGUGCAGGGGGACCAUCAGCAAGGGUGGCUUUGGCCGGGACGAGUGGCCCGACGAGGCUCUGGCAGCGCGAGGGGGAACCAAGCGCCUUGUUCAGACGUGCUGAGAAUACUCUUCCAAGGUGAAAAGACAAGGCUUAGGUCUCUCAGCUUGAUUGUACCCAUAAAUGACUGUAGCUAGGAGAGCUGAACAGAGCAGCCCUGGCAUCACCUUCAGAGCCUUAAGGUUGCCAGCACUCGGCCUAGCUUUCUGCAGGGAGACAACAACCUGGAGACAUCACUUCGGAGCAAGACACCAGUGAAGUAACGGUCUUGCAGGCCCUUUUCACAUCUUUUUUCUCUACCUGCUCCAAAAAAGCUCUCUCUCUCUCUCUCUCUCUCUCUCUC